AUGCAUUGGGUUAAUGCUUACUUUAAGGAUAUUUUUUUGGCUGGUAUGACCACAACUGGACGAAGUGAGAGUAUUAAUUCAUUUUUUGAUGGAUUUGUUAACUCAAGCACUAUGUUAAAUGAAUUUGUAGUACAAUAUGACAAAGCAGUUGCGUCACGAAGGGCCGCCGAAGAAGAUGAAGAUUUCAAGACUAUAAAUUCGAGGCCGGUUCUGUCCUCAGUACAUCCAAUCGAAGCAAAAGCAGGUGAGUGUUAUACUCGAAAGAUUUUUGAUAUUUUUAAAAAAGAGUGGAUAGAAGCUAAUAAUAAUUUAACUCAUGAGACACUAAGCAAAAGUAUAGAAGAAAGCAAAUAUCAAGUUGGGCGACUAGAUGUUGAUAAAACAUAUUGGCGCAUUGGUACUUUUAGUUCUUUGAAUCAAGUCAACGUCACAUGUUCGUGUGCUAAGUAUGAGACACAUGGAAUUUUAUGCAAGCAUAGGCUGUAUGUGAUGAAGAAAACGCAUGUUCAAACACUCCCCGAUCAUUAUAUUUUACACCGAUGGACCCUUAAUGCUAGGUACAAGGUAGGUAGUGUUAGUAUCGGACUCAGUGAUAUGAAUACUGAAAAUGGAGUUAGUACCUUCACAUUAUGGUGUGUCCAUUCAAAUUUUAAUAAACUAAUUGAACAAGCAAGAGACUCUCCUUUGGAGAUACAGAAACUUAAUACGCUAUUGACAAGUCUUUUAGAGGAUCAAGCAGUACGAAAGAAAUCUAUAUCUUUUGAGAAUACAUCUCAAGGUUCUUGUAUGGGAAUUUCGCAAGUAGAUAUCAUGCCACAGUUAUCUGUCCGUGAUCCUCUUGGUCCAACUACUACAAAAGGGCGUCCUAAAGUUGCUAGUAGAAUCAAGUCUCCUUUAGAAGCCCCCAAAAAGCGAACGUGCUCUUACUGUCAAGGAUUGGGUCAUUACGCUAGUAGUUGUUCAAAAAGAAAGGCAGAUAAAUCUAUGCAUGAGAAAGAAAAAUAA